AUUAUUGGUGAACUGCGCGUUGUUAAUGCGCAUUGAAAAAAAAAAAAAAUUAAAUUAAACUCUAUCGUCAAAUUGAUGUACUAAUAAACUGUUUUAUCAACGGUCGAGAAUUUUAAAACAGCGCCAUCUGUUGUGUUAAAAGUACAACGUUUGUGUCGCCAUAUUUGGCUAUUUUUAAAAUUAGAAAGAGAGAAAAAAAAAUACAUUUUAUUAUUGUUAUUUGUUAACAACACAACAGUACACAAUAGUUGAUAGUUUUUUUGCUUUAAUUAAUAACAAUUGUUAUUUAUUGUCAAAAUAUAUUUUGUUAAUUAAUAACAUUUGUAAUGGCAGAAGCAGCUGAACAGCCGGCACCGGCAAUUCAUGUCAAAGAACCUCUGGAUCUUAUUAAACUGAGUUUGGAUGAAAGAAUAUAUGUCAAAAUGAGAAAUGACAGAGAAAUUCGUGGAAGAUUACACGCAUAUGAUCAACAUUUAAAUAUGGUACUUGGUGAAGCUGAAGAGACUGUAACAACAAUUGAAAUUGAUGAAGAAACAUAUGAAGAAAUUUAUAAAACAACUAAAAGAAAUAUUGCAAUGCUUUUUGUAAGAGGUGAUGGUGUUAUAUUGGUAUCACCACCAAGUUUAAGAUCACAAAUUUAAAGUAAGAAUAUAAUUUUCAUUUUUUUUUUUUUUUUGUAAUAUUCAUAAAAGUUUAAUUUCAUAAUACCUCAUUAAAAGAAAAAGAAUUGUUAAAAAAUAUUAAUAAUAAUACAAACAGUCUUUGGACAAAAGAAAAAAAAAAAAACUUGUUUUUGUUAAUUUUAAAUGUCUUGUUUAUCUAGUGUUAUAAUUUGUGUUGAUAAAUCAGCAAUUCUUUGAUCUUUUAAUUUAAUUAAACUUUCUAAAUGUGA